GCAUGAGCUGCCGCUUGAGCACCGCCAGUGCGACCAGCAGGGCUGUCAGAGCCCUUGCGGCUCGCCUGUGCCCCUGCCCGCCACCCCUGUCGCCGUACUCGUCAUCAAGCACCGCCUCAUCACCUCGUCCUCCCGUCGUCUCGCCGCCCUCGGCACCGCACCGAGCUGCGCCAGCUCUCGACGCUGUCAACGAGCUCCACAAAGGCGAGCUGCACCCUGUGCCCAAGAGCGCGAGGUCCAAGUCGCCGCCGGUCCUCACCCUCGCCCAGAUCCGCGACGCCAUGGUCGACAGCCUCGCGACCAACAAGCCCCGUCGAGCGCUCCAGACCUUCCUCGACGCGCUCGCACGCCGUGGCAACGACCGCCUCUCGUCGCGCACCGUCGACGGCUUCGCGUGGCUCUUCUGCCAGUACCGCCAGCCCAAACUCGCUCGCGACGCCGCCGCCGCCAUGCACGCCCAGGGCUACGUCGUCACGCCAAAGUUGGCGUCGCGCCUCCUCCGCAUGUCGCACCACGACCUCGUCCUCCAGCCCGACGUUCUCGCAAAGGUCCUCGCCUGGAUCAGCGACGGCAUGCUGCGCGACAAGCGCGACGGCGGCAAGGACGUCGACGAGGCCAUGCUCGAGACGGUCCUCGACGUCCUCAAGCGCAUGGGUCGCAGCGACUGGCUCGUCGACGUCCUCGACGCCUACCGCGCCACGCUCGACUCGGGCCAGCCGGGCUCGCCCCGCCUGUGGGCCCUCGCCAUCUCGGCAAAGGCGUCCGAGGGCGACGUCCGCGCCGCGCAGCACCUCUUCUCGACCUGGAGAGCGCUGUACGAGGCGCACGAGCGCGCCUCGGCCAAGCGGCGCGACCUCGCUCCCUCCUCGCCCGACGACACCGCCCCUCCCCCUCGGCGCCGUCCUCCUCCCGCCGACCCGUACCUCGCCCUCCUCCAUCACUUUGCCGCCGGUACGACCUACAUCGCGACGCGCGACCCGGCGUACAAGCUCGUCGCCGUCGCAACUGAGCACGGCCUGUCGCCCUCGGCCGACCUCGUCAACGCGCUCCUCCGCACCGAGCUGCACCGCCGUCGGUGGGCGUCGUUCUGGGGCCUGUGGGCCCAGUUCGACGCCCUCGCGCUCGAGCGCCGCGAGGCGUCGUGGGCGCUCGCCGUCAAGGCCAAGCUGUGGGCCGAGGCCGAGCGCCGACAGCGCGGCCGGUCGCACUCGAGCCCGCUGCACGCCGUCGCGCCCUUCCCCUACGCCGAGCUCCCCUCCCCUCCCUCGCGCACCCUAUUCCGCUCGGCCCUCUCGUCCCGCCUCGCCGCGACGCACCACCGCCCGUCGCGCAUCCUGUCGACGACCGACGGCCCCUCGUCCCUCUCGCCCGCCGUCCUCAACCUGUUCCUCGACCUGUUCGUCCUGCGCCGCGACUGGGCCGCGACCGCCGUCGUCCUCGAGACGUUUGGCGUGCACCGCAUCGAGCCCGACGCGCGCACGCACGCCGCCGUCGUGCUCGGCCUCGUGCGCCUGUGGGAGCGCGGCCGGCUCAGCGACGAGGCGCUCGCGCGCACGACGGCCGGGCGGGGCGGUGCUCGGGACGCCGCGCGAGAGGUGGACGUGUACGACGAGCGCGAACAGGCGAGGAGGCGCAGAGGGGCCGUCAUGGGCGGCCCGCAGGGCGUCGAGCUCAUCCGGACGAUCCUCGAGGGCCGCAAGAUGCGCGUCGGCCUGUGGAGGGGCGCCGAGGCCGGUGCUGUCGAGGCGUCGAGCGAGCAGGGGCAGGGCGCAGAGGAGGCUGUCGCGGUCGAGGGCGUCGGCGAGGACGGGACGACGACGACGCCGAGCCCGCCGGCGUGGAUGACCCAGCGCGAGACGCGCGACGUCGGGUACCUCGCGACGCUCCUGCAGCGGUGCGCCGGGCUCGACGACGCCGAGUGGGCCGCCGUUCGAGCGGAGGCGCGCGCCGAGAUGCUGCCCGAGCGCACGAGCCGCAAGGUCAAGAAGGUCAAGAGCAUCAACCGCGGCGCGAGGUUCCGCGACGACGCGUACGGCAAGGCGGUCAAGGUGGAGCAGGGCAAGGACGAGUAGCACUCUCUGUGCAACUCGCGCUGUCGCUGCUCUC